UCAUUUCCUACCUGUCCCCACCCUUUCAUUACCUCGUGACUUAUUGCUACGCAAGUAGUUAAGAGAGAGUGGGUUGCAAACGGGAGUUUUUGAUACAACUAACUUGUACCUGAACAUUAUGAAGAACUUGGUUGCAAUUGCCGCCUUGGCUCUGUUAGCUAUGCCUGUGACCAGUUUGACCGCUGCAAACCAUACGACGAUCGCAUCUGUGACCAACACAACCACUGCAAAGCAUACGACAACUGUGCCUGUGACCAAUGCGACCUCUGCAAGGCAUACGACGAUCGCAUCUGUGACCAACACAACCUUUGCAAACCAUACGACAACUGUGCCUGUGACCAAUGCGACCUCUGCAAACCAUACGACGAUCGCAUCUGUGACCAACACAACCUUUGCAAACCAUACGACAACUGUGCCUGUGACCAAUGCGACCUCUGCAAACCAUACGACGAUGGCACCUGUGACCAACACAACUGCUGCAAAGCAUAAUAUAACAAGUACACCAACUGAACUCCCUACACUAUCACCGACUGUUACAUUCCCAGUAACUGGAUUCUACAAUGUUUCUUUGAAGAACACUCUUUGCAUCAAGAUGGCUAUUGGAAUUCAAUUAAUUGUUGGCACAAAGUCUAAAAAUUUGUACUUCAAUGUUCCGCCAAGCAGAACAACAGUUUCAGGGAAGUGUGGAAAUACUACUACUUGGAUUAAUUUGCAGUUUAAUUAUGGAUUUGUAAACUUCACCUUUAGGAAGGAUGGGAAGCAGUAUUACAUCAGUGAAAUAAGAGUUACUCUGCAUUCAGCGAAUAACAUGGACAAAACUUACCAUGGUAUUGCAAAGAAUAUGGAGUUGUUUAAUGCUGAACUUGGACACUCCUACAAGUGCAAAAGCAAGAGGGUUGUACAUUUUUCAACUGAUUCUUUGCAGAUUUUAAUGGUUAAUACUCAAGUCCAGGCGUUCAACAUCUCUGGAGGAACCUUUGGUAAAGCAGAGGAAUGUUUCGUGGACUAUAAGAGUGUACUUCCUAUCGUCUUUGGAGUAGUUCUUGCUGUGCUGAUCGUUAUUAUGAUCGCUGUGUAUUUGAUCAAUCGACGGAUUCAAGCUGCAGGCUAUCAGCGAAUCUGAAGAGAGAAAUGAUGCUUUUUGGUUUACUUUGCCUCUCAUUAACAUAGAUGGUGUGCAUCUUGGCCAAAAAACAGAUUUUUGCCCCAUUCAGUGCACCUGGUGAUUGCCAUAGAUGUGCAUACAGAAAUAUUGGCUGGGAUUUUCAACUGUUGUGCUUUAUACUUUCUGCAUUUCUAGCUUCAGAGAUGAUUAGUAAUUAAUAUCAUGUAGCUUAAUGCCUUUGUUUGUUGCAACUUGGUCUUUCUCUGUUUGAAACCAAUUUUAUUAAUAUGCAUUUUGAAAAUUUUCAUGUACUAAUUGCUAAAAUGUUAAAAUUAAUAACUGAUCAAACUGUCUUAUGUUUCAAUACAAAAUUUCUUUUAGAAAAAUGCAUUGUAAAUAAUAUUGAAUUCAGAUCUAUCAAAAAUGUCAAACUUCAGUAAUUAUUUUAUGCAUUUUGAAAUGGCCAUGUUUCAGUCAGUUUGCUGUUGUUGUUUAAAAUUGCUGAUUGAAACUCUUUAGCUUGUUUGUUUCGGAAUUGCUUGAAUGUAGAAGCUGGAAAACAAUCUCAAAUUUUAAAAAAUAAAUUGUUAAAAAUUA